CCUCCAAAGACAACAGUUUCCUGUCCCUAGGGACACAUAAAAGACAAUGUUUCAAGUUCGGACAGCUAUUCUCAAAGAGUAAUUCUAAAAGUUAACUCUGACCAAUGUCAGAGUCAUUACAAUGCUUAUAUAACUUUUAAGGAGAUGGUUUUUGAAGGAGGAAAUACUCAUUUAGAUGAUGCCGAAGUCAAAGGAACUUGUGUCUUCAAGCUCGUCUGGCAGCGAUUCCGACAGUGAAGUGGACAAAAAGUUAAAGAGGAAAAAGCAAGUCGCUCAGGAAAAGCCUGUGAAGAAACAGAAGACGGGCGAGACCUCCCGAGUCCUGUCCUCUCCCAAACAGAGCAGCAGCAGCAGAGACGACAACAUGUUCCAGAUUGGGAAAAUGAGGUAUGUCAGUGUUCGAGACUUUAAGGGGAAAGUUCUGAUUGAUAUUCGAGAAUACUGGAUGGAUUCAGAAGGUGAAAUGAAGCCAGGAAGAAAAGGCAUUUCUCUAAAUCCAGAGCAGUGGAGCCAGCUGAAGGAACAGAUUUCUGACAUUGAUGAUGCAGUAAGGAAACUGUAAAAUCCGAGCCACGUGACACCUGUGAUGUCCUAGUUGUUUUAACCUGUCUUUUUACAUUGGCUUUUGUUUUCUGAACGUUGUUUUCCAAGCUAUUGUAUAUUUGGAUCGCAGAACAAUUUUUAAGAUGAAUACUUUUUUUUAUGUGCAUUAUUAAAAAUGUUCUGAGUGAAGCUAAUUGUCAACUUUAUUAAGGAGGAUUGCUUUGCGCCCACCUAGUGUAAAAUAAAAAUCAAGUAAUUACAAUCUAA